UUGCCAAUUGAGCAAUUGCAAUUGUAUUAUGGCCGUUGUUCUGCAUUCACCUCAUACGGGUGGACCGUGGUUAGCUGAAUAGCUCUUUGAAUUAGCUUGCCAACCAGCUUCCAAAAUUAAAUUUUGACAAGCAUACCCACCUCUUCAACCAAUUCACCAUCACGAGCAUUGGAAUUCGCCAUUACAACGGAGCUAACUUGGAUUUGGAGAUAAAUUAGGCAGAGGACUGUCCUUUACGAGUUGAUCCUCAAUUUCAUCUAACGUGAGGUCCGAUAAAGGUUUUCAGAGGGGAGACAAAAUCCUGCUUUGAAAAAAAGCACACCACAUCGAUAUACAUGUUCACGCAAACAUAGAGAAGACCGUUUCUCAGACCAUCAUCAUGGCUCAUCGACUUGGACGUAGAUUACCAGGAGCGGGCGCUCUCCGAAUUAGACUUCUUGGUCGCGGAAAUGACAGCGGUGUAUCAAAUUCAGCGCGUUUCAUAUGGGUUGUGGAUACACCUACAUCCAAGUUACACGCCCGGGGAUCUUCAUUGGUUUACAUGCAGUGGUGUAAGAUGUCGACGUCUUCCACCCAUAGCUCGCUUUUCCGCGAACAAGCCUUCAUCAACGGUACGUGGGUGGCUGCCAAGUCUGGCGCAACCUACCAAGUUACAAAUCCGGCCAAUGGAUCCACCAUCGCAACCGUUGCCGACGGUGAUGCCUCUGAUAUGGAGGAAGCCAUCAGAGUCGCUAAUGAUGCAUUCUACGGUCCUUGGAGAGACUCCACUUCCAAGGAAAGGGCGCUAAUUCUGCGACGAUGGGCAGAACUGAUGACGCAGAAUCAAGAAGAAUUAGCCAAAAUUUUGACAUCAGAAAACGGCAAGCCUUUAUCAGAAGCGAUGGGUGAGAUUGGCUACGCAGCAUCUUUUAACGAAUGGUUCUCUGAGGAAGCUCGUCGAGCAUAUGGUGAUGUGGUCUCGUCACCUGUCAAGACUAAAAGGAUGAUAUUUAUCAGACAACCUGUCGGAGUAGCAGCAAUGAUUACACCUUGGAAUUUUCCCGCUGCAAUGAUCACACGGAAAGCUGCUGCAGCGAUUGCAGCUGGAUGCACAGUGGUAGUCAAACCAGCAGAAGAUACUCCUCUGUCGGCCCUUGCAUUGUGUGAGUUGGCCAACCAAGCGGGAGUACCGGCUGGUGUGUUCAACGUUGUACCGUGUUCUCGCUCCCAUGCUGCAGAUGUAGGGAAAAUCAUGUGUGAAAGUCCUUUGGUGGCUAAGAUAUCUUUCACUGGUUCAACACAAACAGGAAAGAUCCUUCUCAAACAAUCAGCUGAUACAGUUAAACGUGUUUCCAUGGAACUCGGUGGUAAUGCACCAUUUAUUGUAUUCAAUUCAGCUGAUGUAGACGCCGCUGUUGCAGGCGCCAUGGUCUCUAAAUUCCGCGGAUCCGGACAGACCUGUGUGUGUGCCAACAGAAUUUUUGUACAAGAGGAGGUGUAUGAAGAGUUUUGUCAGAAAAUGACGGCUGAAGUUGAGAAAUUAGUAGUCGGCGAUGGCAUGGAUUCCAAUACAACACAGGGUCCUCUUAUCAAUGUGAAAGGAAUGGAAAAGGUGGAGGAACAUGUACAAGACGCAAUAUCCCACGGAGGGAAGGUUCUAGUAGGAGGAAAACGGCAUGCUCUAGGUGGUAGUUUCUAUGAACCUACAUUGAUCCGUGAUGUACCUACCGAUGCUCUAGUUUGUAGAGAAGAAACAUUUGGACCUCUUGCUCCAAUUAUUAAGUUCAAAACAGAGGCGGAAGUCCUUGCAAUCGCCAACAGCACUCGGGUCGGACUCGCCGGCUACUUCUACUCCAACAACAUUGGUCAAAUCUGGCGUGUCGCUGAGAAGCUCGAAGUCGGUAUGGUCGGCGUCAACGAAGGCCUCAUCUCUACUGAUAUAUCAGCGUUCGGUGGUAUCAAGGAAUCUGGAAUGGGUAGGGAGGGGUCAAAGUAUGGUAUGGAUGAAUACCAAGAAAUCAAAUAUGUGUGCUUCGGUGGGAUCUAAUCAUAACAACAUCCCAUGCCAUAAUUUGGAAUCAUUCUGCCUGUGAUUUAGAAUGUAUGUCAUUAUUUUUAUCUAUCUUCUCAGGAUAAACUGGCAUAAUGUGAAGUCCUAUUAAAAGCACGUGCGACUGUACAGCUCCUUUUUUAAAACGGUUGUAGCCAGUACUCAUGAGGUACUCAAUUACCAAAGAAAUGGAAGCGGCUUGACGAGAUCAUAUAUCAGAAAUGCGAAACGAGUGAUAAUAUUCACGAGUUUUGCAAGUUUUCAAUGCGAACAAGUUCUUCAUUGACUUAAUAAAUUUUCGGUAGCCAUCUACCUUCUUCAGGGAAGAUUCGUGAAUAAUACUCACACGUCGCAUUCGUGAAAGAUAUCCUUUAUGAUUUUAGAAUAUUUCAGGAGAAGCAGAUUCUUACUGAUAGUGAUAUAAUUGCGUCUCAAUUAAAAAAAUAGUACAACCUUUUAGUCCAAAGCACUUUUCAAUAUUGUCAUUAUUUUCUAAGUUUAGUGGUCAUUAUUUGUCAAUCGGUAGGGUGGCAUUAAUUUUAUGUUGAAAUGCAUUUUUUUUUAGUAUCGACGGACUACAAAUUUGCCACUCUUCUUUAUUUUAAAUUCUGCUAAUGCGUGAGAUAUAUAUAUUGUGUCAUGUUUUUAUUUGGUUGGUGAAUUACCGGUAUAAACAGCACUAACUAAUUUCACACAUUGCAUAGUCAUUCUAUUGUCCGAACAUCAUUGGUAUGCCAUUUUCGAGGUUUUAAGGUAAUAAAGGAUAUAGAGGAUAUAGGAGAAGAAGAAGGAGGAGGAGGAGAAGAAAAAGAAGAAGAGGAGGAAGAAGAAGGAGGAGGAGGAGAAGAAGAAGAAGAAGAAGAAGAAGGAAGGAUUUAGAAUGCAAGUCAUUGGGAAGGGGAAACAUGAAGUUGAUAAAGACUUACAAUAUGGAGAAGAUGAAGGGGGGAAAGGAAAGGUAAAAUAUCGAAUAAAGAGGAAAAGUAAAUUAUCGAAUAAAGAGGCGUUGUAAUGUUAUAUGUCAGUAUUAUAUAUGCCGUUUGUAUUGUAAAUUUAUUGUCAUUGAUAUAUUAUGCUUUUAUUACAAAGAAAUGUUUAUCGUACCAUUCCGGAAGUUGUAUAACUGCGGACUACGACGGUCAUGGUAGGACAAAUGUGACGAAAACAUCAUAACCCGUUUAAAAGUUGUGUACGAUAAUAUCUUUGGAUCACCAUAAUCUGAUUGUAUCCCUCUAAACUUGAGAACUCUCUGAUGUGACCAUAGUGACGUACACGAUAAUUGCAAGAUUUUUGCCGGUUUAAUGGUUUUAGAUGCUUUAACGAUUUUCUUUACCGUGAAGUUUUACACAUUUCAAAAAUCAUAAAAUCACAGUAGUUUUUUUUUUAUAUCUUACGAUACAUGAAUCACGCGAUCUGUACAACUAAAUUAUUACGUUUUUAUAUAUCACCGCGCAGAAAUCACAUUGCAAGAUGACUGUAUAGAACGUCAACAUAAAAAUAAUAGGCAUCUUCGAUGUUCCUCUUGUGGCAAGUAAAAUCGUAGAUUAAAUCCAUUGAUCGUAGCAAAUGUAAAGUAGAUGUUUGCUCUAGAGUAGACCCAAUAAGAGUUCGUAAGUAAUACGAUGCAUCUAGAUGAUAUGAAACGUAUGCCGUACACUGCGUCCAUGUAUUAUUACCCCAAACCGUAUGAUAAAAACGCAUAAAGUAUUAUUUUAUUAUUGAACGAAAUGAUGUAAAUGUGACAGAAUAUAUCAUGGAUUUUUGUUGUAUUUUUAUAUUUGUGA